CGAUAGGGGGCGCCAGUACGCUGUAAUUCAUUCUCACCCACAGGAGCAAAAGGACAGGAGAAGAAAACACAAUGCUAAACAAAACAAAAAAUUAAAAUGGACUCAGAGGAUGGAGUCUUUAAAUGGACUGAUGCCAACACGGCAGAUCUGAUUGUAUGGAGAGUCAGUAACAGCAGUCUGUUUACAGGCAGGAGAAAUGCAGCCAUCAAAGCCUUUGAGCUGUAUGUGAAGGAGAAACAGCUGGUGGGGAAAGUGACGCCUGCAUGGGUUAGAAAGAAGUGGGAGAAUCUAAAACAGAAGUAUAAGGACCUCAAAAGCCUCAGUAUGGUUGGGGGAGACGCAUCAAUUGCAACCUGGAAGUGGUAUGCAAUCAUGGAUGAAGCACUGAGUAGCGAGACCCCCCUCAACCAUUUCAUCACGCCUGUCCAAGUGUCCUCAUCUGCUCAGGAUGCUCCACCCAUCAAGCAGAGAAAGGAAGAGGACUGGCUGACAGCUGUGCGGGAGAUGGAAAGGAGACAGGAGGAACGAGAGAGGCAAGCUUCAGAGAGAGAGGACGAGAGAGACAGACGAGCUGCAGCAAGAGAAGAAGAGCGAGACAGACGGGCUGCAGAGAGAGAUGCUGAAAGAGAUCGAAGGGCUGCAGAGAGAGAAGAAGUGAGAGAGAGACAGACGCUGGAGAGGGAGGAGAGGAGGGAACGAGAAUUAUUUGCGAGACAGGAACGGUGGGAGAAAGACAUGCUGACUAGAGAAGAAAGGCAGGAAAGGGACUACAGAGAAAGAGAGGAGAGGAGAGAAAGAGAAGCUGCUGCUAGAGAAGAGAGGCUUUUUAAGCUCCUUGAGACAUUUAUGGCCAAUAAGUAAAACUGUUACUGAUACAUUCCAAGAAUUGCUUAUUUUCUACAAAUAAACUCUUUUGC